CAAAAAGGAAGAAGCAGAACUCCGUUUUACGGGCAUUCUAGAUUGUAGCACAUGAGCAAGGUGAACCAAAAUUCACCUCACAUAAUUUAGCUUCCAUUUCCCUUUUUUCUUCUUCCAGGAAACAAGCCGGUUCAUUUGCUGUAGGACAACAAUAACCAUAUAUCUCAUAUUGAGGUGGAAAUCAGACUUUCCACAAUGGCGAUUGAACCUCUCCGUGACAAUCUGGACACCCUCGCAGCAACCGACCAACCAUACGAAGGUGAUUCCUCUUCCCAGCAGCAGCAAUUCACCGUGUACAACUAUGACCUGAGUGGUCCACACUCAACAGUUUGGUCCCCAGCGAACCAAGCAAGUGUCAACAGCAGCCAUGGACAAAGCAAAUUUCAGAUUGCUGUAGGGGGUAGCUCUGAUCACCGCCGAAUCAGAUCAAAUGAUGCUCUUCACCACAUAAGCCAGAUGCUAAUGGAAGACAUUGAUGAGAGGGUCAACAUAUGCCAAGGGGAGGCUGCUGUCCAGGCUGCUGAGAAGCCAUUCCGUGACAUUCUUGGGGAGGUAUCCGCGCCGGCUACUAACUGGCCGCCAUUGCAUAGCAAUAACAAACCAGAAACCUCUGAUAAGAGUGGGACCAGCCGUUACAAGAGGCUCCGGAGCACUAGCUUUAGUAAUGACUAUUCCAGUUACAUCAUGUUACAACCCUUAACAAGCCCGUUGAGUCCAUAUAUCUGCAAUAGGAGUCUUUCUCUACCAAAUCGUCCGUUCAAAAGUGUUGGAUGGACUUCCGGAUCUGAAUUUCCAGCCUUGCAUUGUCAGAGAGGUGUCGAGGAGAAAAUAAUGUUUGCUCCAAUUAUUGAUAAGCUGGUGAUAUAUUUAAAGAACGACAUACUUCAUAUUUCCCAACUGACUACAAAGGCAAAACUAGGAGAGAGGACCAGCGAAAACACAAUCUUUGAGGUGUCAGACCAAAGGGACUGGGAUAUCUUUCAAGGAAGGAGCAAUAAACAUCAUGCCAUCACCACUUGUGCAAUAAUUCGAAAUGAAAAUUUCGACCGAGUUCUGCUGUGCUAUGGUCCUUCUAACCAAAUAACAAGACUUCAAGAAAGGAUGGCGGGGGAAGGAAACAAGAACUCGCUGAAAGGACGGAGCAAAUGUAGGAAGCAGCCAAGAAAAGAGUUGGUUGAUCUCAGGACUCUCCUCAUCCAUUGCGCACAAGCUGUGGCAGAAAACUGCUACCUGUUGGCCAGUGAACUGCUAUUGAAGAUAAGACAACACUCUUCAACAGAUGGUGAUUGUACUCAGAGACUGGCAUUUUACUUGGCAGAUGGCCUUGAGGCACGCUUGAAUGGGAUCGGGAGUCAGGUUUACCGGAACCUCGUGGAAAGGCGAACAAGUACCGCAGAUUGGUUAGAUGUUUGCAGUCUUUUUCUUGCAGCUUGCCCUUUCAAAAGGGCGUCAUACUACUUUGCCAACCAAACUAUUUUUUAUGUCUCACAAAGGCAACCAAGGGUGCACAUCGUCGAUUUCGGCAUAGGCUUCGGCUUUCAGUGGCCAUCAAUGAUUCAGAGGUUUGCACAGCAAGGAGAGGGAGCUCCUAUGCUUCGGAUCACGGGUAUAGACACUCCCCAGCAAAGUUUGCGCCCCUGUGAAAUGAUCGAAGAGACAGGUAAGCGGUUAGUUGAUUAUGCAAACAUGUUCAAGGUAUCUUUUCAGUAUCAGGGCAUUGCCGCUUCAAGAUGGGAUACCAUUGAAAUUGAGGAUCUUAACAUUGAUGAGGAUGAAUUUCUCAUAAUCAACUGCAUGUUCCGCAUGAAGAAUCUCGGUCAUGAAACCGAUGCCGUAAAUAGCGCAAGGGAUGAGGUGCUGAAAACUAUGAGGAGGAUGAACCCGAAGGUUUUCAUUUCUGGCGCCGUGAAUGGGUUACACAGUUCUCCCUUCUUCAUACAACGAUUCAAAGAGGUUAUGCUCCAUUACUCUUCAAUGUUUGACAUGCUUGAUGCAAAUGUUCCACGGGAUAAUGAAGCAAGAAAGACGAUUGAGAGGGUCCUAUUUGGGCGGGACGCACUUAACAGCAUAGCAUGUGAGGAUGCAGAAAGGACUGAGAGGCCAGAAAGCUACAGGCAGUGGCAAGCAAGGUUCCUCAAGGCUGGGUUCCAGCAGCUUCCAAUUGAUCCAGCCAUCUUAAAGAAAAUAGUACAAAUGAAGAACUCACUUUAUCAUGAGGAAUUCUUUGUUGUUGAAGAUCGCGGUUGGCUACUGCAAGGAUGGAAAGGGAGAGUAAUUUAUGCUAUAUCCAAGUGGGAACCUAAUGAAACAUAUGAUGAUAAGUAA